UCCUUUUCCUUUGUCUUCUUCACGCGUUAGUCUCUGUUUAAAUUUCAACCCAACCACGACCCACAACUAUCUUUUUCGAUUUUUUCAGACCCAGAAAAAACCCGGGUUGUUGUUUGAUACAUAAUGCUGCGGAUGGUUUCACGGCCGUUUGAGCGGUGCUGUGGCUUGAGAAUCGGCGGCAGCGGCGGUGAUGGGCUGCUUUGGCAUACUGACUUGAAGCCUCACGCUUCUGGGGACUACUCGAUCGCUGUUGUUCAGGCGAAUUCGAAGCUUGAGGAUCAGGGGCAGGUGUUUACUUCUCCCUCUGCCACGUACGUCGGCGUUUACGACGGUCACGGCGGCCCGGAAGCUUCUAGAUUCGUCAAUAAUAAUCUCUUCCCUUACUUACACAAGUUUGCGACGGAGCAAGGUGGGUUAUCUGCGGAGGUUAUUAGGAGGGCGUUCAGUGCCACUGAGGAGGAGUUUGUGAGUUUGGUGAAGCGAUCGUGGCCGGUGAAGCCUUCAAUUGCUUAUAUGGGGUCGUGUUGUUUGGUUGGGGCUAUAGCGAAUGAUGUUUUGUACGUGGCGAAUUUGGGGGACUCGAGAGCAGUGCUUGGCCGGAAAGUGAAUGGGAGUAGGAGCAGGGUGGUGGCGGAACGGUUGUCCACUGAUCAUAAUGUGGGUGAUGAGGAGGUUAGGAGGGAAGUUGAAGCACUUCAUCCGGAUGAUUCGCAUGUGGUGGUGUAUACUCGCGGAGUUUGGAGGAUAAAGGGCAUAAUUCAGGUGUCAAGAUCUAUUGGAGAUGUUUAUCUAAAGAAGCCUGAGUUUAACAGAGACCCGUUAUACCAGCAGUUUGUGACCCCGGUUCCUAUGAAGCGGCCAGUGGUUACAGCAGAGCCAUCCAUCCUUACUAGAAAUAUUAAGCCACAGGAUAUGUUUUUGAUAUUCGCAUCAGAUGGCCUGUGGGAACAGUUGACUGAUGAAACUGCAGUUGAGCUAGUCUUCAAGAACCCUAGAGCUGGUAUUGCCAAGAGAUUGGUAAGAGCUGCUCUCCAUGAAGCCGCAAAGAAGAGGGAAAUGAGAUAUGAUGACAUUAAGAAAAUUGAAAAGGGAAUUAGGCGGCAUUUUCAUGAUGAUAUUACUGUCAUCGUUGUCUACCUCGAUCAGCACAAAAGCUCCUCAAAACUUAAAGUCGGAAACAGUGCUCUAAGUUCCAUCACCCAAGCACCUGUUGACAUUUACUCGCUUAGUGCAGCGGAAGUAGAACAUGAUAUGCAUCAUAUCAUAAACUGAACUGAAGAAACUCUAGAUUGUCGAUAUCCUAGCAUAGGUAGAAGUUGAAAUAAUCAAAACACAGGGGAAGGUUAAUACUUUUUAUUGGAUUGGCUUGGAUAUAUUAGAUUCAGAAUUCCAUAGGAUAAGCAUACAAAGGGUUUGGGAAUGCAGACAAGGAGUAGUCCAGAAGUUUAUCUUUGGUGAAUGACUAAUUUUGUGAAGUUGAACAUCCAAUUUUGUAACUACGUUUUUCAGACAGUACAUUACAAAUCUAUUUCUUUGAUUACUCA